AUGAUUACUAGUAAGAGACACCGGAGCUUUAUAUACUUCCUUUAUAGAGUAAUUACUCGGAUCAUACAAGUCUCCGAUAUUAAGCGGCGGAUGGUGUUCCACCAACUAGAAUUAUCACUUUCACCGCUUCUUAUGGAAAUAUUUCUCGACCUGUAUCUAUUAACCAAAGCCCUAUACCAUAAACCACACCUCUCACUGUUUAUUUUCGAAUCCCAUUUUCUCAACAACCCUAAAUUAAAGGCUUUUAAGUUUCUAAUCUCUGAACUUCCCUCAUCGAUAGGCCUACACACCUUGUCCCGGUGGACCCAAUUUAUUUUUCUUUCAUUCUCACUUUCCCCCAAAGAAAUAGUUUAA